UGCAAAUGUUUGACCGGCCGGGCCAGGAGUGAAUCAUCCUCCUUUUCCUGGAACUGAGCUUGGCUUGCGUCUGCAGUCUUUUAGAAACUUGUAGCAAAAACUUUGUUUCUUGAUUUGAUUUCAGGGCUAAAAAUCUGUCUCUGGAAUUUGAUGGAUUGAAGACAAACUCCUUUUUUUCAAAACAAAGCAACACUAUUUUGGGGACUGAUCUGGUGUAUUGUUGAGGACAAACUCUCUACUUGGAACGACUGGAAUGAAGAUGAGGAUGCUUCUUGAUGUUUUUUGAUGUAUGACUACAAAAAUGGAGAUGCUUAGAUCUUCAGACACUUAUUUAACACAUCAGGACACCACAUCAGUGGGGAUACGUCAGUGUGAUUCACACCAUUUAAAGUAGUCAUUUGUUACUUUAUGGACUUUUCUGUGGCUUAGUGCCUAAAUGUACUGCUGUUCUCAAUGAAGUAAGGAGUUUCCUGAGAAGGGCAGGACAGUUCAAAUAUAAUAAGCGUAAAAAACUUUGGAGGACAAGUGAAUUUCAACAGCAGAUUACCAAUGGUCAACAAGACAUCUUUGUCGUCAUACAAUGGAUAAGGUAGAUCAAGUCCUGUCCGAGUUCAGGCUGAAAAAAGAAGAACUGAAAGAGAUCAUGAAGAGGAUGCAGAGAGAGAUGGACAGAGGAUUGCGUUUAGAAACGCACGAAGAAGCCAGCGUCAAAAUGUUGCCCACUUAUGUUUGCUCCACUCCAGAGGGAUCAGAGGUCGGCGACUUCUUGGCUCUGGACCUUGGAGGGACCAACUUCCGUGUGAUGCUGGUCAAGGUGGGUGCAGACCAGGAGAGGAGCUGGAAGGUAGAAACCAACAACCAGAUGUACUCCAUACCUGAAGAUGCCAUGACUGGGACGGCUGAGAUGUUGUUUGACUACAUUGCAGAGUGCAUGUCCGACUUUUUGGACAAGCACAAUAUCAAGCACAAGAAGCUUCCUCUGGGUUUUACCUUCUCCUUCCCAGUGCGCCACGAGGACCUGGACAAGGGAAUCCUCCUCAACUGGACUAAAGGUUUCAAGGCUUCUGGGGCCGAGGGAAACAAUAUUGUUGGUUUACUCAGAGAAGCUAUCAAGAGACGCGGGGACAUUGAGAUGGAUGUGGUUGCCAUGGUGAAUGACACAGUAGCCACCAUGAUAUCAUGCUACUAUGAGGACCGCAGCUGUGAAGUCGGCAUGAUUGUUGGUACAGGUUGUAAUGCCUGCUACAUGGAAGAGAUGAGGACGGUGGAGCUGGUGGAAGGCGAAGAGGGCCGCAUGUGCGUGAACACAGAGUGGGGAGCCUUCGGAAACAACGGCGAACUGGAGGAGUUCAGGCUGGAAUAUGACAGAGUGGUGGACGAGAACUCCAUCAACCCUGGACAGCAACUCUUUGAAAAGCUGAUCAGUGGGAAGUACAUGGGCGAGCUGGUGAGGCUGGUCACCAUGAAGCUGGUUAACGAGAACCUGAUGUUUAACGGCGAGGCCUCGGAGAUCCUAAAAACACGUGGCAGCUUUGAGACGCGCUACGUCUCGCAGGUGGAAAGUGAUUCGGGGGAUAGGAAGCACAUUUUCAACAUUCUGUCCUCGCUGGGCGUGCUGCCCUCCGAUCUGGACUGCGACAUUGUCCGUCUGGUCUGCGAGAGCGUUUCGACUCGUUCGGCGCACAUGUGCGGCGCGGGCUUGGCGGCUGUCAUCAACCUGAUGAGGGAGCGACGCAGCCAAGACGCCCUGAAGAUCACCGUGGGAGUGGACGGCUCCGUUUACAAGCUGCACCCGUGUUUUCGGGACAGGUUCCACAAAAUUGUCAGGGAGCUCACGCCACGUUGUGAGAUCACCUUCAUCCAAUCAGAGGAGGGCAGCGGGAGAGGGGCGGCUCUCAUCUCAGCAGUAGCCUGCAAGAUGGCGGCUUGUUUGCUAAAACAGUGAAAGACUGAGCCUGCUCGCCACUUAACUUUUGACUGUGGACUGCAUGACAUAAAGAAGUGCGCUACAGCAUAUUUGUUUAGAAGGCACCCUCAAUACAUUUACACUUUGCACCUAUAACCAUCACCAAGGCAUAAAAGCUUGCUCAAAAUCAUUUUCUAAUUUGCCCUUUGGCAUUGAUGAAUAUUUAUAAGAGUGUAUAGUGAAAGGUAGACAAUUCCUACUUUGUAAAUAUGGGGUUUGAAUCUGUAUGUUGCAAACAUGUUGCUUUAUUGUUUUGUGGGUUGGGAUUUAGGCAACAAAUGUAUCUUUACCUUCAUAGGGAAAACAUGUAAUUGGUAAGAAAAUUUGCUCUGGACAUGUGAUGGAAUAAAGGUUUCAAUAUAGAGUAAAUGAUAGAAGAGUGUAGGCCAAUAAUGGUUGGGAUUAUAGGCCAGGGGUCCCCAAACUUUUUGAUUUGGGGGCCAGAUUUGUAAAAUUUGUCCAGAGGCCGAGCUGUGUGUGUGUGUGUGUGUGUGUGUGUGUGUGUGUGUGUGUGUGUGUGUGUGUAUGUGUAUAUAUAUAUAUAUAUAUAUAUAUAU